AUUUGAAUAUCGGGGUCUAGAUAAGCCGGUGCCGGGCGCUCCUCCUCAUUUUUCAGUUGAAUUCGAAGAAGAGAAAACGAUGCCUGAACCCGCCAAGUCUGCGCCGAAGAAGGGCUCCAAGAAAGCCGUGACCAAGACGGCUGGUAAGGGAGGCAAGAAGCGCAGAAAGUCCAGGAAGGAGAGCUACGCUAUCUACGUCUACAAAGUGCUGAAGCAGGUUCACCCCGACACCGGCAUUUCCUCCAAGGCGAUGGGCAUCAUGAACUCGUUCGUCAACGACAUCUUCGAGCGCAUCGCCGGUGAGUCGUCCCGUUUGGCUCAUUACAACAAGCGCUCCACCAUCACGUCCAGGGAGAUCCAGACCGCCGUGCGCCUGCUUCUUCCCGGUGAGCUGGCCAAGCACGCCGUGUCCGAGGGCACCAAGGCCGUCACCAAGUACACCAGCUCCAAGUAAGAAGUGACGCCAACUUCAUCAAACCCAACGGCUCUUUUAAGAGCCACCCACGUUUCCGCUUGAAGAGCUUUGUUUCCGUUUUAUGAAUGUCAAGGCUGGGUGUUUGUUCAGAGGUGGGGAGAAAGUGUAAGCUAGGGUUGUGCCGCAUUCCAGUCGGUUUUCCCCGGUAGUUACUUAUUCUGCCCGUAGUUGCUCUGUUGUGUGGAUAAUGGUACGGCUUGAAGUAAAUUAAGUUAUAUAAAUGUAUAUGUGCAUAUGCACACAUACUCCCAUUGAGGUGUAUGUAUAUACGCAUGUGUGUGUGUGUGUGUGUGUGUGUGUGUGUGUGUGUGUGUGUGUACAUACGUACAUACAUACACACAUUUGUGUAUUUGUAUUACAAGAGUUGUUUACUUACAUAUUCCUUUAAUGUUCUGUGUGUUUAUGCAUUUGAAGGCUUUUGCAGAGUGAAAUAAGAGGGCAGUGUGAGUGGUACAAAAGGAACAAGCUAGGGAACUGCAUUAAAAAUAAAAAUUAUGGUCAAUAAAUGAAUAAACAAAUAAUGGUUAUAUUGCAUGUCCUGCAGCAGUAUGCUGAAGGUAGAGUGAACUUUUCUCAGUUCAUUAUUGUUUAUUGUUUAGUUCUUGGCAGAAAGCCAGUGUCACAUGUCCGUAUUGCACACAUCAUUCAACUACUUCCCUACACUACGGACACUCCUCACACAGUCACAGCACGUAAAUGAACUCGGGUUGACUGGGACAGUUACUCUUCUGGACUGAAACAGUUAGGUGGCUCUUAAAAGAGCCUUUGGGGUGUUUUGG